AAAUCUAAGUUGGUACUUCAAUAACAUCAACUAUCAAAACAUGUUUAACCUUAUUUUAUUUAAAGUUAAUAAUUAAUAUCUAGUUGCAUUUGAUUAUUAAUAAUAAUCAUGUCAGGAUUAAAUAUAACAAUAGAGUUUGGAGGAGGAGCAGAACUGCUCUUUGGAAACAAAAAGAAACAGGAAGUUAUUUUACCAGCGAAGGAAGGAGAAUGGACACUGAAAGACCUCAUUUUUUGGAUGAAGGAUAAUUUAUUGCAGGAAAGACCAGAGCUCUUCAUACAAGAUGAUUCUGUUCGACCUGGCAUUUUGGUUCUUGUUAAUGAUGCAGAUUGGGAGUUAAUGGAUACUGUGAAAUAUGUACUUGAAGCAAAGGACAAAAUUGUGUUUAUUUCAACUCUCCAUGGUGGAUGAAUGUGAUAUUUGAAUACAAUAAUUAUUUAUAAA